AUGUCGGCGCUGCAGUCUGAGCUCGACAAUGCGACACCUACCUCUCUCUCGAAGCGCAACAAGGAUCCUGCUUCUUGGCUUCCAACUGCGCCUGCUCGACACGCUCUAGAGUCCCACCGAGACACCAUCAACAGCGUCGCGUUUCAUCCGAUAUUCUCCUCCAUCGCAUCUGGGUCUGACGAUUGCACUAUUAAAAUAUGGGAUUGGGAGCUAGGUGAACUGGAGCGGACGAUCAAGGGCCACACGCGAGCAGUGGUGGAUGUGGACUUUGGAGGACCAAGAGGCGGUAUACUCCUGGCCUCGUGCAGCUCUGAUUUAAGCAUCAAACUAUGGGACCCGGCGAACGAGUACAAGAACAUACGGACCUUGCUGGGCCACGAUCACAGCGUCAGCGCUGUUCGUUUCAUACCACUGGGGGCUUCGGGGGCGCCGUCAUCGGGGAAUCUGCUUGUCAGUGCGAGUAGAGACAAGUCUCUGAAGAUAUGGGAUGUCAACACCGGAUACUGUGUGAGGACUUUACAAGGCCAUACCGCCUGGGUGCGAGACGUCUAUCCUUCUCCCGACGGGCGGUUCCUCCUCUCGACCGGAGACGACAGCACAGCUCGAUUAUGGGAUAUAUCUGCGUCAAACCCGGAAGCUAAAGUGACCAUGUUUGGUCACGAUCACUUCAUUGAGUGCUGUGCACUUGCGCCAUCUUCGUCUUACCAGUAUCUCGCACCCCUAACGGGACUGAAGAAGCCCCCACCUGCAAGCAGCACGGCGGAGUUUAUGGCCACGGGUUCGCGAGAUAAGACCAUCAAACUGUGGGAUGCUCGGGGCACCUGUCUGAUGACACUGGUUGGGCAUGACAACUGGAUACGGGCGGUGGUUUUCCAUCCUGGUGGCAAAUAUCUAUUGUCGGUAUCGGACGACAGGACUCUACGAUGUUGGGAUCUGAGCCAGGAAGGAAAGUGUAUCAAGGUGAUGAGGGACGCCCACGAACGAUUUAUUACCUGUCUAAGGUGGGCUCCGGGGAUAUUUAAAGACGUCCCCGCGACCCAGGGAGCGGGUGAUGGAAGGAAUGGUGACAGCAAGAAGACAGAAGCGCCAGAUGUCCAAAUCCGAUGUGUUAUUGCGACUGGAGGCGUGGAUAUGAAACUAAGGAUUUUCGCCAACUGA